UUCUCCAUUUUCAUUUGUUUAUUAGUCUUUUGUUGUGUUCUGUUGUAUAAUGUAAGAUGGAGUUUUAGCUCUACUAAAAAGAUGUCAUUUUUUUUUUUGGAUUGUGGCUUUGGGUAAUGCUAUAUAUCUUGUUGAACCUUUUGUGUAGAGAUGAGUGUAGGGAUGAUUUUCUGUCAAAGGGAUUUAAAUUAAUGUUAUAAAAAUUGCACAAAGAUUGGACACAAAGGAACAUUUUAAACAGAGGUUAUAGAGCCAGAAUUGAAGUUACUGAUAUGGUCCUAUGAUCUUGCUUAAUCUCUCUUGGUGCCUUUGUUUGUUUUAGGCUGGUGGUACUGCAGGGUUUUUGCUAGGCUUUAGCUGAUGUAGUUGCCUCUUUGGGGGAGGAGUUAAUGUUGAGUGAACAAAACUUAGAGAUUAAGUCAAACUUUUGCUACAUAUUGUUUUCCUUGUUUUAGUAUUAAUCUAGUAAUUAUUAUAGGACCGUGUUAUAAUGUUCAUACUACUUUUGAAAUCUAGAAUGUUAUGGUUUAAGUCUAAUGUGAUUUGGAUGGUUUGGUUGUGAAAGUAAUAGUAAGACAUGCCAUGCCUUGAAUGAUUUUAUUUGAACUAUUUCCCAUGACUAGGAUAUGUAAUGAUUUUAGUUUCCCUCGCUUCCUGGACUGCCGCCGCCGGAGCAGCCUCCGCAGAGGACCCCGUCACCGCGCUGUAUCAUCCAACUGUUUUGGGUGCCCAUAAUACAAUGGGGCAAGAAGCUUGGUAUUCUGCAAAUGCUUUGGCCAAGCGCUUUAGAUACGAGAGUGCAAACAAUUUGCCUAUAUAUCCACAAAGGCCAGGAGAGAAGGAUUGUGUCCACUAUAUGCAAACAAGAACCUGUAAAUUUGGAGAUAGCUGCAAAUUUGACCAUCCUAUUUGGGUUCCUGAAGGUGGAAUCCCAGAUUGGAAAGAGUUGGCUCCUGGCCUGGUGUCUCUAUUCCAUCUGAGUUCUUCUCCCUUUCAAAGAUUUGGUUUUGCUUCUUCUGCGUCCCCCGAGACUUCUGAAAAAGGACAUGGGAGUAAUUCAGAGAAUAAUGGAGAUGCUAAAGUCUCCAGUCAAGCCGCCUCUGAGCAGAGUGAUGUUGCUGAUCAGACAAAAGAAUCAGAUUCCGACGAGGAUUUGAGUGUAGAUGAUCUGGUGAAACUUGUGGCUGAGAAGGAAGAGCUUUUGAAGCAGAAGCAUAAAGAGAUUGAGAAAAUGCAAGAUAAAGUCCUUAGAAGCUAUGCGAAAAUGGAGAAUGUCAUGGACAAGACACGACGUGAAGCAGAGAACUCGAAAAAAAUUUCCAUUCAAAAUUUUGCAAAGAGUCUACUUGAUGUUGCAGACAAUUUGGGACGAGCUUCUUCAGUUGUCAAAGAAAGUUUUUCAAAGAUUGACACAUCUAAGGAUUCAUCUGGGGCUGCUCCACUUUUAAAAACACUUCUAGUGGGUGUUGAAAUGACAGAAAAACAACUUGUUGAGGGGACAUACUGUUAG